AUGGGGGACGAGGGGGCGGCGGUGUACAACUGCCUCCUCUGCGACAGCUACGCCCUGGUGAUCCUCGGCAUCCUCCCCGACAGGAAGCUGGCGAGGGGGACCAAGGGUCGGGGCGCGUACGAGGACCUCCUGGAGGAGUUUCAGCUCGCAAAGUGCGGUGGGCCGGGAGGGACGAAUAGAGUGAUGAUGCUGCCCUGUCCCACGUGCAACGCCUUCGCUAACCGGUACGAGCUGGACCAGGUGGCGCACGGCGAGUUCCUCCGACAGGGCAUGGCGGUCCUCACGCCGAGCUUCCUGGUGUCCUUCGAGGACGGGCAAUCCCAGCCCCUGUACCGCGACGAGAACGCGGGGAACGACGGCAAACCGCGUUGGAGGCUGUGUCAGGGCGUCGGACCCGCGGGGCUGGAGCUGGACAGGAGCCGCACGGGGCGGAUCCACAAGCCGAGCCUGGCGCCGUUCGGCGUCGACAUCAGGCCCCUGACCCUGCCGGAGCAGCUGCGGGGACCGAGGGAGCUGUCGGAGGCUGUGCACGAGGCGUGCGCCUUCGCCGAAGCGAUGCACGUCGAGUCGGAAGACCCGCGCGCGGCGUUGACGCGGUGGGUUAGGGCGACGGGCGAGCGCGCGGGGGUGACGGGGGGGGCCCGGCCGGUGUUGGAGAACUGGGGGGAGGCGCGCGCGGCGAUGGAGGUCACGGACGAGACCGCGAGGUACAUGGACGAGGUGGUUCGGGAGCGGAUGAUCCGGGAGAUGGGCGCAUUUUAG